AUGCACGCGUUUUGUUUCUUUCUAGUUGCACUAUCCCCUUACGCCCUAAUCGAGGCUAUUGGUGCGGGUCAACUGGAUGCGUUCGAACCAAAAAUUAUUGAGGCCACCAUGAGCCAAAAAAAUCAACUUUAUGUAGAGAUAUCCGCGGAAACGACACAAUGGAAUCCGUCUAUUGAAAUUCUAUGGAAUCGGAAGGGCAAAAUUUUACAACGCUUCUCAGUCAGUCCGGGUAAAUCGCUGUUUGCGAUCACAUCACCAUGCCCCGGAUGUCGUCUGUUGAUACGCUACCAUAACGAAAUUAUUGCAGUCUUAUCGCCAAUGAUCGAACCCAACAGAACGUUGUCAGGUUCAAAACAACCGACAGUUAUGAAGUGCACCAAGUACGGACCGUUCGUUUACAUUGUAAUCAAAAAAGAGCAAUCUGCUCUCAGCCCCUUGUACGAAGGCUUUUUGUUUGAAAAUCGUUCGGGAUCGGCCCGUGGGAAAUGGUACGGCUACUAUGGUCGGAUUGAAGUUUCCUCUUGUGACAACUGUGUACUGUAUGUGCGUGAGUUACUUUCAGACGGAACAUAUUCGGCAUUCAGUACAGAAUACCGAGUCACGGUGCCAGCGACAAACAUUGAGUUGGACACUAAGGCAUCGCGGUCUGGCGGAUCACAGUCGAAUCUUAUUGUCGUAUUCUUCCCGUGUAAUGGUCUUCAACCGCCAAAACCGGUGCAUCUAUCUGAAAUAUUUUGUUUGGAGUCAAGAUGA